AUGCAGGCGCUGGAAGAAACAGACAAUGUUAAGGUUGCUGUGAGAUGUCGACCUAUGAGUGAGAAAGAAGUUUCAAUGAACUAUAGGACAGUGACUACGAUCAGUGAACUAGAUGGAUGUGUAACCUUGAAACGCAGUGAUUCUGGUGAUGAUCCUCCAAAGUGUUUUAUAUUUGAUUUUGUAUUUGGCUGCAACAGCAAGCAAACUGACAUAUAUAACAGGGUAGCUAGACCAAUAGUUGAAAAAGUGCUGGAGGGCUAUAAUGGAACUAUAUUUGCCUACGGCCAAACAGGAACAGGAAAAACAUUUACAAUGGAAGGGGUUCGAUCUGUACCGGAACUGAGGGGCAUAAUACCGAAUUCAUUUGCACAUAUAUUUGGGGCAAUCGCAAAGGCUGACACGAAUACAAGAUUUUUAGUUCGCGUUUCAUACUUGGAGAUAUACAAUGAGGAGGUGAGAGAUCUACUUGGAAAGGAUAAAACAGCAAGUUUAGAUGUCAAAGAGAGACCAGAUAUUGGUGUAUAUGUUAAAGAUCUUUCAUCAUUUGUUGUACACUCACCGAAUGAAAUGGACAAAUUAAUGUCAUUUGGAAAUAAAAAUCGUGUAACUGGUGCAACUAACAUGAAUGAGCAUAGUUCUCGUUCACAUGCAAUUUAUACAGUGACAAUUGAAUGUAGCGAAAAUACAGAAAAGAAUAAAACGUUACUUCGCCAAGGAAAAUUGCAUUUAGUAGAUUUAGCUGGGUCUGAAAGACAAGCUAAAACUGGUGCAACAGGAAAACGUCUUCAAGAAGCCAAUAAAAUUAAUUUAUCAUUAACAACUUUGGGUAACGUUAUUUCUGCUCUAGUUGACGGUAAAUCAACACAUGUACCAUAUCGUAAUUCAAAAUUAACUCGGUUAUUACAAGAUUCAUUAGGUGGAAAUUCUAAAACUGCUAUGAUAGCAAAUAUUUCACCUUCAGACUAUAAUUAUGAUGAAUCAUUGAGUACACUAAGAUACGCUAAUCGAGCUAAAAAUAUUAAGAAUAAAGCUAAAAUAAAUGAGGAUCCAAAAGAUGCUAUGUUACGUCAAUUUCAAAAGGAGAUUGAACAAUUACGUAAACAAUUAGAAGAAGGUGGUAUACCUUCUGAUCCUACGAAUGCAGAAGAUGGAGAAGGUGAUGCUGAUGAAGAUGACGAUGACGUAAUAGUUGGCCCUGAUGGUCAAGAAAGAAGGGUAAAUAAAUCAAAACAGAGUAGUAAAAAGUUAAGCAAACAAAAGAUGGCUGAAAUUCAACGUAUGAUUGAAGCUGAUAGACAAGAACGAAAUCGUGUUCAGCAACAUCUUGAAACUAAAGAAAAUGAAUUAAAACAAGCUAAAGAAAUUCGUAAUAAUCUAAUGAAACGAAUGGAAGCCUUACAAAGUCGAAUAAUUGUUGGUGGUGAAAAUUUAUUAGAGAAAGCUGAAGCACAAGAAAAACUCUUAGAACAAUCAGCAAGUGAAUUACAAAAGCAACAAUUACGUGCUGAACAAUUAAAUGAAAAAUUAAAAGCAAAAGAAGAGGAACGUAUAAAUAUUGAAGAGAAAUAUAAUAAUUUACAAGUAUCUGGGAAUUGAAGUGGUAAAAGUUGAACUUUCUUUCAAGCACCAAUUCUUGGAUAUAUGCUCAAUGAAGUGAAUGGAUAUCCUCCUGUCAGUACUUAUCAGUUUACUCACUGCCUCAAGUGCAUGUGAGUUCAUAAAUUCAGUUGAAGGUAUGAUGAACAGGGUAAUUGUCCAGUUUGAACUGUUUCAUUGAACAUGCAAUAUCGUAUACUUUUACCAAUUAAGCUGCCAGGCAACCUUCUUC